CAGAUAAGGCGAUAACGAAGAUAAGGCAAGUAAUGGCUUGGGAACAUUGGCCCUCACUCCCUUAAGCUUCGAACAUCAAGAAAACAUUACUUUCCACUUGGUGAUCUUUCUCAUUGAUUUGUUUUCAUUUCCUGCGUACUUUUUAAGGUAACAGCAGACAUGCCCCGAAAACUACGGCCGGAGGAGAUGAAGGAGGCCAAGGAGUGCUUCUCGAUCUUCGCUCUGAACGGCGCCAUCCCCAUUGACAGCGUCGGAAAUGCCCUCAGGUCGAUGGCCCGGAACCCGUCCAACGCGGAGGUCAAGGCGCUGGUGCAGGAGCUCGGUAACCCGGCGGGGAUCAGCCUCGAGACUUUUGUUGGCCUGCUGGGUCGAGACUUCACUCCCGCGGAUUCUCCCGAGGAAAUUCGCGAGGCCUUCGGCGUGUUCGAUAAGGACGGCAACGGUGUUAUCUCAGCCAACGAGCUCAAGCACGUCCUCAUGACCAUGGGGGAGAAGCUGUCGCAGGAGGAGGUCGAUAUCAUGAUCCGAGAGGCGGACAUCGACGGCGACGGGCAUAUUAAAUACGAGCAGUUUGUGGAUCUCAUGACGAAGUCGUAUUAAUGGGGUGGGAUUUUUGUUUUUUUUUAUUUUUUUAUUCUAUUUUAAUUCUUCUUCUUCUUCUUCUUCUUCUUCUUCUUCUUCUUCUUCCUCUUCCUCCUUCUCUUCUUCUUCUUCUUCUUCCUCCUCUUCUUUUUUUUUUUCUUCUUCUUCUUUCUUUCUUUCUUUCUUUCCUUUUUUUAACGGUGGAGGGAGUAAGAAAAUUUCUUGGAGAUUUUAAGUGGAACUGAGUGUUGUAGAUAUGUGUGAUUUUUUUUUCUUUUUUUUUAAGAUAUAUGGAAAUUAAGUAUCAUAUUACGUGUGAUUUCUCUCUCUUUUUUCAUGAGGAUGUUAAGUAAUAAAAUGGCAUCUUAGUUGUGAGAUAAUUUAUCACAAAAAACAACAAUGUUAUUUGUAGCAUAAUGAACAAAAACAAAUAUGUAAUAGGUAUGCAAAUCAUGAACAUUGGAAAUUCAGAACACAAACGAGGGAAGGCAAGAAAAAAUAUGUCCACCGGGAUAUUGAUUAUUAAAAUAUGAUUUCUAACUAUUUU